GGGGAAAAAAAAAAAAAAAGUAGUGCCACUUGUGAUUGUGACAGAUAAUCGAGCCUACAUGUGUUCAGCGAGCCUACUACGCCUACCGUGCUGCUGCUUCUGACGACAGCUCUCGCUUCAAGUGUUGUGCACGUUCUUGACACCGACAUUUGAUACCUGCGGCUAUGUAUAACGCGAUUUCACUGUCGCAAAAGGAUGACUCCAUCGAGUUGGUUCCGUUCGGUGCUACCCUGACAUCGUGGAAAGUAGACGGUCAAGAGAUGUUGUUCUUGAGCAAUAGGUCACUCCAAGACAGCAAGAGCCCCAUCCGCGGAGGAAUACCACUCGUUUUCCCCAACUUCGGUGCCUGGGAGCUGGGACCACACCACGGCUUUGCACACACCUCCGAAUGGACCGUGGAGCAGGCGCCCACAGAGGAAGGGAAUGGUGACAAGGCGAUCAUCUUGAGCCUGCAGGACAACGACUACACACGUUCCGUUUGGAACCAUGGGUUUCGGCUCCUGUAUCGCGUCACACUGCGGAAAGCCCAGCUUCGCCUCGAGCUCACCGUGGAGAACAAAGGCACGGAGGCCUUCGAGUUCACGGCCCUGCUGCACCCUUACUGGCGCAUGGCAGACGUCCGUCGGUGCACGCUGUCCGGCUGUCACGGCGUUGUCUACGUUGACAAGACGAGGCACUUCGGCGAGUCACAAGAAGAACGAGAAUAUGUGACGGUCUCGCAGUGGACUGACAACAUCUAUAAGAGCACGGAGCCUGUUCACAAGCUCACCGCAGUUGGUGCAGGGAAGACGCUGACGAUCGAGAAGGAAAACCUGCCGGACACGGUUGCGGCCCGUGCUCAGAGGGUGACGCUACGGGACGGCGCCAACCUGCUGAUCCGCGGCCAGGCCAGCGGUCUCCUGCAGUCGCCGGGCUUCGGACAGCGCACGCCCCAUGGCUUCCGAGGCGCGGCCACCAUCUACGCGCCGCCGGGCUACAGCAGAAUCCGCUUGGACUUCGACAACUUCGACCUGGAGACGAGCACCCAGUGCAAAGCAGACCGGGUCUUCAUCGAAGAGAACGGGACGAGGACCAGGACGCUGUGCUCGAGCUCGCCACCGCAGCCAUACCUGAGCGAUUCGCCAGCAGUCACGGUGUUCCUCGAAACGGACAAGAUGAAAAGCAGCCGCGGCUUCCUCAUCCGCUUCGCCGCCACCAACAGCCGCGACCUGUGCAGGAACCCCGGCCAGUUCCAGUGCAGCAACGUGGCCUGCAUUGCGACGGCGCGCGUGUGCGACGGACGGUUCGACUGCGCCGACGGCUCCGACGAACAGCACUGCCGCGUUAACCGAUGGUCACAGCAGCUGGUGAGGAACACGGAGUGCGGCAGCCCCACCGUGCAGCCGGACAUCGAGGUGUCUGACCGCAUCGUCGGUGGACAGGAGGCGGUGCCGCACAGCUGGCCGUGGCAGGCGAGCAUCCAGAUGAGGGGCUACUGGCCGGCGGCCCACUUCUGCGGAGGAGUCCUGGUGCGCAACGACCUCGUUAUCACGGCCGCUCACUGCGUACAGGGGAUGCGUCCCGAAAACCUGGUGCUCAAAUUUGGCAGCCACGACCUCGUCCGCGACGGCGCCAGCGUCCAGACCCGGAGCGUCUUCUCCUACGCAACGCACAGUAGAUACCUGCCAGACGACAUGACGCACGACGUGGCUCUGAUCAAGCUUUCGCUGCCGGUGAACUACACCGCGCACGCGCGACCCGUGUGCCUGCCUGGCGCCGGACAGCAGCUGCCCGUCAACACCACCUGCUUCGCCACUGGAUGGGGCAACACGCGAGGAAGCGGCCACUCGUUCGUGCUGAAGCAGGCCCGUCUCGUGGUGCGCGACUUCGACGAUGCGUGCGCCGGCAUCCUCAGCAUUCAGCCAAGCCUGGACCGGAGUGCCAUGGUGUGUGCCGUCGACGAGUCCGACGACGCCGGGCCCUGUCACGGUGACAGCGGCGGUCCCUUGGUGUGCCGCCUCAACCACACCUCCUCCGACUGGACGCUGGUCGGCAUGACGAGCCAGGGCACCUCGUUGACCAUGACCAGCGCCCUCUGCGGAAUGGGCGCCGGGACCCUCUGGAGCGGCGUCAUACCGAACCGCCGGUGGAUCGACCUCGCUCUGCGCACGCUGUGAAAUUAAAUCCCUCUGCAUCGUUUAUCUUCUU